GACAGCGUUUGGAGCUGGAGUCAAGUCACCUGAAUGAAGAAACGGAAGACUAGAGUUUAACAAAAGCGGGACAGAGGGUGAGAGCUGAAGUGAAAGAGAAGGAAAGAGAGAAAACAAGCUCCGGGUACUAAGUCCACGCGGUGACUGUCAACGUUUGAUAUCAACGUUUCUUUUCUUUUUCUUUUUUUCCUCCGCCGCUGUGACGGGAUUCUCGAGCCUACACACACUUUUUAAAAGUUUUUCUUUAGAGAAAAAUACAGGUCGGUGUGUGUAGACAGUUGUGCUGUCAGUUUGGUGUCCCGGUUUGGAGGCAGGCUGUACCGGGACAGACGCACACAUCUGUGAAAACAGAUCGGCUACCCUGUCACAGCGACACAGAGGACGGAACGUGUCACCAUGCCUGUGCGACAGAAAGAUGCUAAGCGAGCCCUGCAGCUUCUCCAGCAGUAUCGGGCCAAGCUUGACCAGAGACAGCAGAACCAGAGCCAGACCAAACAGGGCCAUAUUGAGGAAGACUCUCAGCUGCAGCAGUCUCUGGACAGAGUCAUCAAUGUCUUCCAAAGUCAGCUCUUUAAUGCUCUGCUGGACAUUCAGGAAUGCUAUGAGUUGACCAUCCUUGCAGACAGCAAGUGUUCUGUGAACCAGACAGAUGGUCCAUGGAAACUUCCUGCCUCCUGUAACCUACCAACAGCGCUAUCAGCCCAGCCACAGCCCUCCUCUGGUCCCCUCAGCCCCCAGGCUUCUGGAAGAAGGUCCCAGCCAAAACCCCUGACCCCCAAACCCAAGUCAGUCAAGUCCCAUGCUGCUCCACUCCCAUCCGGGACACCCACAACAAAGCCAUCUUCCCCUACAACAAAGUCCAUUACACUACAGUCACAGCCAGCCAAGGUGAAGUACCGCGCUCCCCCCCCUCCUGGCCAUCCUGGAGCCUCCAAAUCAUUGUCAUCAGAGACUUCUAUGACUUCCUCUCCCUCUGCGGCCACAUCCCCUGGAGUCACUGUGAAUAGUGCAGAAACCCCCACUGGUUCCAUAAAAACAGCUCCUGGAGCAUCCCUGAAUGGAACAAAGCCACGUCUUACCUCUACCAACUCUAAUGUUUCUUCAGAAAUCUCCACCACCUCCACCAAUCCACAAAACGAUUCUCUCUCUCCAGACCUCAACCUAGUGACUGUCUCGGCCCUCGUCUCCAGCAGCAUCCAAGGCUUUGUGGUUCCAACCACUCCAGAUGAACCUACCGCCACCAGCACCACUCCUGUCACCAGCCCAGGUCUAAACAGAGUCCCAGACGGUGUUGUAGUCUCUACAGCUCUUGCGACCAGCAAGGACCCAGGCAUAGGCACUCCCAGCACAAGUCCAACUAUCCCCAACCAGGGAAUAUUCACCUUCAGCAGCCACAGCCCCACAGGUCCUCCAGGGCCCUUGACUAAACAUCUGAGUCCAACCAGCCCUGGGCCAGCAAAAGUCACUUCCACUAGCCCAAGCCAUGGUCCAGCCAGCCCCAGGACAGCUACAAGCCCGCUGACCCCCAACAAGGCCAACCCCCCUCCAGUGGUGGUCAACACAGACAGCGUCGACACCCCGCCAUAUGUCAAUGGAACAGAAGCAGACUAUGAGUAUGAGGAAAUCACGCUGGAGCGGGGAAACUCAGGUCUGGGGUUCAGUAUCGCAGGGGGGACUGAUAACCCUCACAUUGGAGAAGACCCCUCUAUCUUCAUCACCAAGAUUAUACCUGGAGGGGCCGCCGCCCAAAAUGGACGACUCAGGGUGAAUGACUGUAUAGUCCGGGUGAAUGAGACAGACGUCAGGGACGUGACACACAGCGGGGCUGUGGAGGCGCUGAAGGAGGCAGGAGGUCUGGUCCGCCUGUGUAUACGACGCAGGAGGAGCCUCACUGAGAGAAUCCUGGAUAUCAAGCUGGUCAAAGGACCCAAAGGUUUAGGAUUCAGUAUAGCAGGUGGAGUUGGAAACCAACAUGUCCCGGGCGACAACAGUAUCUACGUGACUAAGGUCAUCGAGGGAGGGGCUGCACACAAAGAUGGACGGCUACAGAUAGGGGACAAACUUGUGGCUGUGAACGCCGCCUGUUUGGAGGAGGUGACUCAUGAGGACGCAGUGGCUGCCCUGAAGUCCACUUCUGACGUUGUUUACCUCCGCGUGGCCAAACACGCCUCCCUUUUUAUCAAUGACAACUUCCCUCCACCCGACGUCACUAAUUCGUACUCCCCACAUCAAGACAACCAUAUAAGCCCCUACAUGAGCGGCAGCCAGUCUGUAAGCCCCGCCCCAUUGACCACGCCCAGAUACUCCCCAUUGCCCAGGGCCAUGACCGGAGACGAUGACAUCAACAGGGAACCCAGGCGGCUUGUGCUCCAGCGGGGGUCCACAGGCCUUGGUUUUAACAUUGUUGGAGGGGAGGAUGGAGAGGGAAUCUUCAUCUCCUUUAUUCUCGCUGGAGGUCCAGCUGAUCUCUGUGGGGAGCUACAAAAGGGAGACCGCAUCCUGUCGGUGAACGGUGUGGACUUGUCCAGUGCAACACAUGAGCAGGCAGCAGCAGCUCUGAAGAACGCAGGACAGACUGUUACCAUAGUAGCGCAGUACAGACCUGAGGAGUACAGUCGUUUUGAGGCGAAGAUCCAUGACCUGAGGGAACAGAUGAUGACCAGCAGUGUCAGCUCCAGCUCCACGUCGCUCCGCUCCACACAGAAACGCACGCUUUACGUCAGAGCGUUGUUCGACUACGACGGAAGUGCGCCAGAUCUGAGCGCUCCCAAUCAGGCCCUGCCAUUUCAUUUCGGGGAUGUUCUCCAUGUGAGCAGUGCUGGCGAAGAGGAGUGGUGGCCCGCCCGUCACCUCAGCCCCCCACCUCCAAACUGCCCUGAAGUCGGAGUCAUCCCCAGCCGCAGGAGGGCAGAGAAAAAGGAGAGGUCGAGGUUAAAGAUGGUCAGAGUGACGAGGUCUCAGGACAGAUCGGAUCAGGAUGAUAAAGAGCUGGUAACCUCUGGCACCAGCGAUAAUGAGAGUAGUUCCUCUGGCCAGGAGGAGACAUUACUCACCUACCAACCUGUCAUGCAGCAGGAAGUUAGUUACACACGGCCAGUCAUCGUGCUUGGACCAAUGAAAGAUCGGAUCAACGAUGACCUCAUCUCCGAGUUCCCUGACAAGUUUGGCUCCUGCGUCCCACACACAACGCGGCCGCGGCGAGACUACGAGGUGGACGGCAGAGAUUACCACUUCAUGUCCUCCAGAGAGCUCAUGGAGCAAGAGAUCCAGGAACAUAAGUUCAUAGAGGCUGGACAGUAUAACAACCAUCUGUAUGGAACCAGCAUACAGUCGGUCAAAGUAGUCGCUGACAAGGGUAAACACUGCAUACUGGAUGUAUCAGGGAAUGCGAUAAAGCGUCUCCAGUUGGCAGGCCUCCAUCCCAUCGCUGUCUUCAUUAGACCACGCAAUGUCGACAACAUCCUAGAGAUGAACAAGCGUUUCACUGAGGAGCAGGCGAGGAAGACCUUCGACAGAGCUGUCAAACUGGAGCAGGAGUUCACAGAGUUCUUCACUGCUAUCGUCCAGGGCUCGUCUCUAGAGGAAGUGUAUUCACAGGUGAAGCAGAUCAUUGAGGAGCAGUCUGGUCCUUACAUCUGGGUGCCCACCAAGGACCGACUCUGAAUAAACACACACAUGCUACAUCAUCACACACGUCACUCUAACACUUCCUACAGCUCUUAUUUUCUAUUAUCAGCCUGCUUCCUCUCUCUCUCUCUCUCUCUCUCUCUCUUGUACACACACAUCACUACACACAAACACACACAUUUACACAAGCACAUAAAGAUGGACGAGGCUGGGACUAUCUGGGACUGCUACUUCCUGAAGUGGGAGGGGCUAAUGUCUGUCCAGCAGCCUAUUGGUAGAUCUUCCUACAGCUCAGUUCCUUAAUGUUUAAGGAGGGGGUUCAAAUCAAGGUGACAUGUACCCAUUAUCUAAUUUGAUUUCAUUAUUGUUCUUCUUAUUGUUGUUGUCGUUGUUGUUUUCAUAUUAACAAAGGGUAAUGCAUUCAUGUAUGGGUUUGUAAUGAUAAUAUUGUCACCAAGAGGCAGACUUUUGCACGCUGUAGCUUUAAGAGCAUGUUUUUGGGACAAAAUCUUGAUCUCCUUUCCAGUCUGUCUGUUUUUCCUCAUGGCAUUGCUACCGUUUAGUCUUUUUUCUAUCUUUCUCUCAUAUCCCAUCAUUUCCUCCUCCUUUCCCCUUUAGACUACAGACUUUAGAUAUGAGGUGAAAACUUGAUAACGUGCCCCAGCAUUUUGGUACCAAGAGCCAAAAUAAACCUAUAGUACAAUUAAUAGACGUAACAAUAAAUCAUAAUGAGCAGUUUAGGAUUUCUUUGAUUGAGACUCUUGAUAUUUCUUGUAAAUUAGAUUUUGAACUUUAAAAUAGAUACUGUAAGUAUGGCACGAAAGCCCUAAAAGGCAAGGUGAAAAAAAACUAUUUUUCUUCAACAACAAAUUAAGUAAAAAGGCCUCAUAGUCCAUUUGGAGCCCUGGGCCUGUAUUUAUCACGUUUCUGAACAUUAUACUGAAGAACCUUAAUAGCCCAGAAAAAAGGUUAUUUGCUGAAAGUAAUGAUUAGAAGUUAUUUAUCAAGCGUCUCAUGAUCACAUGAUCAAUUACAUGUAUGCUCAGAGUAGGAGCAGCCAAUUCAAUUUUUUAUUAGAAUCAAACAUAUUUCUUAUAGCUAAAGUAUUGCCCAUCGUGACCAAUAAUAUGUUGUACAAUUCUUCCAAAACACAUUUAAGAGGGUAAAAGUAAGGCAUUUUAAGUCCAAUCUUUUAAUUCAAGCAGUUUGAUAAAUACAGGCCCAGAUCCUUUGUUAAAAAAUUUUUUUUAUUACCCACAUCUCUGCCAACCCUUCUCCUCCUCUUCCUCCUCUCCAUCUCAUGCUUUCAUCUCUCUCCUUCUCCACAGUCACAGUGUGACAUUAGUUGAGCACUCCAGCAUUAAACAGUGUAUCUUCUUCUUCAUCAACACUAUCAUCACGAUCAUAAUUAUCAGCAUCAGCGUCAUAGCUUUCCUAUUUAAUGCAGUUGCGCAAAUGGGGGCUGGUUUCUUAAAAUCUGAUCCCAUCUCUGUGUUUCUGGUGUUUGGACGUGUGAUACACUCACUGUACUUUCAGCCAUCAGUGGUUAUUAUGCUGGUUUGAAAGAGCUAACGAGGUCAGGGAACUCUUUAUAGUCACUUGCUGUAUGUCAUGCUAUUGUUACGUGGUUGAAGACAUAAGGUGAACUCCUCUGGUUAACGAUACUGUCAUGGCCCACUGAUCAACUGCAUUAGCUCUUUUUGCAACAGGUUUUUUUACAACACCUGAAACUAGCUCCAUUUGGUAAACAAUCAAUGGGUUAUAUUUUGAGCCGUUAAUGGGUUUUAUCAUCAAAGGUGUUUUCAUGAUCGCACAGAUGUCUACAGUCUGCCCAGAAAGAUCCAAUUUCUGAUUUUGAAGUUUCCUGCUUUAUAUAAGCGCCACAACAUGCAAAUUUACAAUACGGGUAGACCCUUGCUUUGCACAUCUCUUGACUGAGGUGAACACACUUGACUAAAAAAAACAAAAUAAAUCUCAGUAUGCGCUGAAACCUAGCUUCUCUUCAUCUUUUUUCAUCUCUUCAUGUUUUUAUUGUCGUAAUCUUUUUUAUCAGUUUAAUUUACAUGCUGUGCUAAAUAGUUUGAGUAACCUAAAUAGUGCUAAGAGCAAUGUUUUUAUAAGUGGAUCCCUGGUUUGUUUGUAUCAUGCAUGAGCAUGAGUAUAACCAGGGGCAACAUAAUUCACAUCUAGAUCGACAGUUGGUGGCAGGAUCAGAGUGUCACAGUCUAUGGAAAUAAACCAUUUUAAUGUUGGUUUAGCCUCAAGCAUUUCUUUCCGGGCAGAUAGUAGACAUCUGUGACGUCACAAAAAUACCUUUGAAGGCGCAACCCUCUGCUAGGUAACAGGUAAACAAAUUACAAUUUGGCUUUUCUCUUAAUGCUACUAUAAUCAAUAUUUUUAUAACUAUGUAUCAAAUGACAACAUGAAAACAAUGUGACAAAGAGAAUUAUCAGCUGAAUCUGCAGCUCUCAUCGGCUUUACAGUGAGUUUCCGAUCAUUGUUUAGCUGUCCGGCUGCAACUUUACUGCUUUGGUUCACUCUUACAGCACUCGUUUAGGUUUUUGCAGGCAGCUGUUUUUAGUGAAAUGGUUCUAAAAACUCAAUGUACACUACCUGCUCAGCACGAAACAGCAGACAGAUGGUUGACAUCUAGCUGGUGAACAUAGUGGAGCAUUGAGCAGUUAAAGAGUCAGAUAUUUCCCUCUGGAGUCAGUGGCUAAAAGAGAGUGAAAUCACAAAUGGGGCUUACCUGAAACAUGACAAUAACCUAUGCGGUUAAGCGUAACAUUUGAAAUACCGAAAUGCUUUUGGUAACACAGCCCAUGUAUGGACCGGCCACCCACUUCCCAUCUCCACCCUCAACCCCCCAGGGCGACUCCUCCAAGCUGAGACGUACAGAAAUACAGUUCUGUCAACAAAGUAGCUCUUUGACCCAAAUAAUAGUUAGUUGUGACCACAUGUGUGUGUUAAAAGCUUUAAUAUUUCUUCACAGAAUGUCCAGUUAAAUGAAUUCUUUCCAUCUAUAAUCCUCUAUCACUCUAGUAAACCAGUGGUGUUGUCAGUUGACAGAACUGGAUUCUCUGUGUGACUCUGGCUGUGUGUUUUAGCCAGGGGACCAUGUCACUGUCUGUUAGAGUAAAGCACCGAUGCAAAGAAUCUAUUACAGAGAUGGAUCUAUAUCUAACAUAU